AUGUUAAAGAUCUGGUCAAUAAAGAAAGACAACGCACAGGCUGAGAAAAAGAAGCCAAAAGUCAGUGCUGCCCAGAUUCGUGUUCAAAAAGACUUGACAGAACUUGAGCUUCCGAGCACAAUGGAAAUGAGCUUUCCUGAUGAAUCAGACUUGCUCAAUUUCAACUUGUCCAUAGAACCCGAUGAAGGCUUUUAUAAGGGAGGAGUGUUUAGAUUCACUUUCACUAUAAACAAUAAUUAUCCACAUGAUCCGCCGAAAGUUCGAGGAAUACAAAAGAUUUACCACCCAAACAUUGACCUUGAAGGCAAUGUGUGUCUAAAUAUUUUGCGCGAAGACUGGAAACCUGUUCUCAAUUUGAAUUCUGUCAUAGUGGGUCUACAGUAUUUAUUCUUGGAACCGAAUGCAGAAGAUCCUUUAAAUAAAGAGGCCGCCGAGGAUUUAAGAACAAAUCGAAAGAGUUUCGAAUAUAAUGUUAAGCAGAGUAUGAGAGGAAGGGAUGUCAAAGGCAUUUAUUACGAUAAU